AUGGUCGACAGUGAAGCGAGCUCACCAACCUGGAAGUUUACCCAAUGCUUCGGCGACAAGGGCGAUGUUGAGGAUAUCACCGAAGCCGACAUCAUCUCAACGGUAGAGUUUGACCACACAGGCAACUAUCUUGCAACCGGUGACAAAGGAGGGCGAGUGGUUCUAUUUGAACGCAACGAGACGAAAAAAUCCUGUGAAUACAAAUUUCACACCGAGUUUCAAUCCCACGAGCCUGAGUUUGACUACCUCAAGUCUCUCGAGAUCGAGGAAAAGAUCAACAAGAUCAAGUGGUGCCGCCGACAGAAUGCUUCCCAUUACCUCCUAUCAACCAAUGACAAGACGAUCAAGCUGUGGAAGGUUUUUGAGAAGUCUCUGAAGGUGGUGGCGGAGAACAAUCUUUCCCACGAUGUAACGCCUGGCGGUCCGGUGGGCGGAGGCGGAGGCCUUCGAGCUCUCCCCACGACCCAGCAGUUCAGAAAUGCGGCCGACCUCAAAUUGCCUCGCCUCACACACCACGAUACUGUUGUCGCCGCCGUCCCCAGACGAACCUAUGCAAACGCCCACGCAUACCACAUCAACAGCAUAUCCGUGAACAGUGAUGGCGAAACCUUCAUUAGCAGUGACGAUUUGCGCAUCAACCUCUGGAACCUCAAUAUUCAAGAUCAGAGCUUCAACAUUGUUGACAUCAAACCCGCCAAUAUGGAGGAGCUGACCGAGGUGAUCACUGCAGCUGAGUUCCACCCAAUCAGCUGCAACUGGUUCAUGUAUGCCAGCUCAAAGGGCACCAUCAAGCUUGCCGAUAUGCGAGAGAGCGCCUUGUGCGACCAACACGCAAAAUAUGUGCGAUUCUCCUAUGACGGAAGAUAUGUCUUAUCUCGAGAUUAUCUCACCGUCAAGAUAUGGGACAUCAAUAUGGAGCGGCAACCCGUCAAGACGAUACCCAUCCACGAGCAUCUACGCCCUCGAUUAUGCGAUACGUAUGAAAACGACAGCAUCUUCGACAAGUUCGAGGUCGUCUUUUCCGGCGAUGCCAAGAAUGUCAUGACGGGAAGUUACAACAACAACUUCAUGAUCUAUCCUUCCGAUCCCGACAAGGAGGUGGAGGUGGUUCUCCAAGCGGACAAGUCAGCUUUCAAGGCAAAGAAGGUGGGCGUCCCUACACCCAUUAAUUCAUCCACAAGCCCCACAGCUGCGAACGGUGGGAAGAAGGGAGGUUCAAGAGCGGGCAGCCCAGCUGGUGGUGCCCAGGGCCAGAGAAUGCGGAAAGAGACGGACGCGGACCAGAUUGACUUCAACAAGAAGAUACUACACAUGAGCUGGCAUCCGUUCGAGGAUAGUAUUGCCAUAGCCGCAACCAACAAUCUCUUUGUAUUUUCAGCACUGUAG